UACAAGCAAAUACUACCAGUCUACCACCAUUUACGUCGGUUGUACACCUGCCUGAGACAAUCAAAACCGAAAAAUUGUUUUCAAACUUAAAAUCCUCUCAGUCCAGUGUCGCCGGAAACUUCUGGAACUCUUUUUCCCGUCCCCGGAGAUGCCUCCUCCGUGAACCCUUACCUUCUUCAGACUCACAUUUUUAGCUUACUCUCUUGCUAUAGUACUAUUACUAUUUCCAUGGCGGAUGUGAUGCAUGAGGGCCAUAAUACGACCGGGGAUUAUGACAUAGAAUACCGAUCCAAAGACGAUGACGCCUGGUACAGUGCGAGGGUGAUCUUGGACAAUGACGAGAAAAGUUUAGUGGUAAAAUUGGAAGGGUUUUCAGAGGCUUCUGACCUGAAAUUUAGAGCCGACGAAUUUGAAAACCAGGCUGCAGUCGAGGAGUUCGUGAAGAGGUUCCGGUCGGUGUCGGAGCAGCUCCAGGACAGAGAUUGCUACCAGCUUGUUAAAGGCAAGAAGGUUUGUGCGGCGCUUAGCUUUGGACUCGAUGAUCUCCGAUAUUACGACGCUGUUGUGGACGAUGUUCGCCAUCAAGGACAUGUACUAAGAGAUGGAGAAGAUGAAUGUCGGUGCACUUUUAUUCUAUGCUGGCUGCAUGGUCCAAGAUCUGGCAAAUUGACAAUUGUUAAUAUUGCAAACAUAUGCACCAUCCAAGUUGCUGCUCCAGCUGACCUUAGUAUAGUUUCCUUUGCAAAAUUUGCAAAGCAGAAUGUGCAAAUAGCUUGCUCCAAAUCCUGCAUAGUCUCUACUUCAACAGUUGGAGGUCCAUCAAAACAUAAAGAAGUCAUUUGCUUGUCUUCCAGUGUGAAGUCUUCAGCCAAAAGCAGAUCGCAGGAUGAUGAUGCGGUUGAGAGUUUCUGUGGCAAUAGAGCGAAAGAUGAAGAAAGAGUCAGCCUCGGUGCCGAUGUUGAUGAAGAUAAGGGAGGAUAUGACACUGCUGAAUCUGGUCGUCUCCAUUACAUAUUGAUUGACAAUUUGGAGAAUGAUCUAUCAGCAUCAUCAAUUAGGCGAUUCAUUCAUGAAAAUACCUCUGUUUCACCUCAAGCAUACCUGUUUCCAAGUCGAUUAUCAGUGCCUUCUGCUAGUGGAGCUAUUGCUUCAACUUCCAAAAAGAGUCUUGAUCAGAUUUAUGAGUUUUUAAUCAAUCCUAACCACUUGAUUGUUUCUGCUAGGGGAAGGCCAUGGGUUAUAGGAAAGAUGGUGUUGAGUGGAGCAUUUCAAGCAACUCUAGGCAGCUUGCCUGAUGAAUCCCAGGAUGAGUUCAAGAAGGAAAGGUUGAUAAAAGAAUUACAAGUGGUCCCUUCAGGAACUGAAGCAUACAAGACAGCAAUGCAACUAAGGGAUCUAUAUAUUGACUUUGUGAAUCACGAGAAGCUGCUUUACAAGAGACUUGCUUUUGAAGAGUCAAGGAUUCUGAAGUCAUCUUCAUCUGUAGAGACUCGUAAUGGUGAUAAACGUGCCAAUGCGUGUGAAGGAUGCUAAUUGCUGCUGCAGAUUCACCUAGAGAUUUAUGAAAUUGACUUUGCAGUUAAUCAAAAUGUGGCUGCAAUCUUCAAAGCUGGAGAUGCCAAUUACACGCUAAACAAGUUCAGUUUGCGGAUUUCUGAAACAGUAUGUGGAUGACUAACUUGCUGCAGAUUUACACUAACUAUUUGCUUUUUAAUUCCUUGCUAAAAACUGUAGUAAAUCAUGGCAGCAACUGUUUUGAUUGAAAGAUGACAUUAGAGAUCUUCUGAUGUGUAUAGCUUGUGCUUAGUAUGUUGUUUAUGAUGCUCAUUUGAAGAUCUAAAAGCCUGGGUUCGGUUUGUCA